GACUUGCUACGCACGUACGGAAGCUGCGCCCAGCGGACGCGCUGACGCUGGAAGUGAAGGUUGUGGCGGUCGCGUGCAGAGCUUGAGGGCGCUGGCUGCAGAUGGCGAAGAGCCUGAGGAGCAAGUGGAAGCGGAAGAUGCGGGCGCAGAAGCGGCAGAAGAACGGCCCCAAGGAGCUGGCGCGCCUGAGGGACAUCCUGAAAGCCGGCGCCCUCCUGAGUGAGGUUCAGGACGUGGCCACCCUGGUCCCACCGCAGAAGGUCCAGGCUCCUGAGGAUCAAAGCAAGAUGGACACAGAUAGUAAAAGAAACAAAAAGACUCUCCUAGAUGAACACGGACAGUACCCAGUUUGGCUAAAUCCCAGACAGCAGAAGAAACUUAAGGCAAAACGUGUUAAAGGAAAAAACAAAUCCAAGGUGGCCAAGGGACUGGCAUGGUAGAUUCUCACACAGGUGGAAAAGUGGGCAAGAGAUUUGAUGUAGAAAACAGAGACUGUUAAAGACUGAGUGUACAAUCUGACUGGGCUCAGCUGCCAAAUAUAAUUAUCAUUACAGGUUGGGUUUUAUUAGAUCAGAAGCAGCUGAAAAGAAUAUCGUAUUGAAAACUGCUUCAUUUAAAAAUAAAAUGAACUGAAAU